CACCACCUGGUCCAACACCACCUGGUCCAACACCACCUGGUCCAAAACCACCUGACCCAAUGCCGCCCAGUGGUCCGACACCUCCAGCUCCCUGUCCUGUUCCCCAACACCUCCAGGCACCACUCCUAGUCCACCACUGCCUGGACCAAAGGUGCUGGGCCUGUAGCCGCCUGGUCCAACACCUCCUGGUCCAACUCCUCCUGGACCGACUCCACCUGGUCCAACUCCUCCUGGACCGACUCCUCCUGGACCGACUCCACCUGGUCCAAUUCCUCCUGGACCGACUCCUCCUGGUCCAAAACCUCGUCCUACUCCGCCUGAAGAAUGAGGUCACCAGGAUAAUUCGUCAUCAUCAUUAAUCACCUCCCCCGGCUCCUGGUCCAUAAGUCCCGAGACCAGCACCAGCUCCGCCUGGUUGAAAUCCAGUCCCAGCUCCUCCUCCAUAUCCUGGUCCAGUCCCACCUGGUCCAAAUCCAGUUCCAGUUCCUGCACCAGCACCUAUGACGGUUCCAGCUCCAGCUCCUCCACCGGCACCAGUAGAUAGGGUAUGGAGAAGAUCGUCCCUGAAUGGACAACCAUGAAGCAGAUGGGCGACAGCAGCGGAAGAGCGGACCAGCCACUUUAUCAGGAAUCCCUGAUUCCAGAGCUUCAAGGUCCAGCUUUGACACCACAUCUCUAUCACUAUUUAACAGUAAUGUUACCUUCAUCCAUCCUUCAUCUGCGGCUUAUCCUUCUCUGAGGGUUGGACCACCUUGGAGGAGAUGAUGACGACAGUGAUGGUUUGAAUCGUGUUGUUUCCAGAAUGUCGGUGAAGCAGGCAUCAGUCCAUGCCAAAUGGAUUAUCGGCAGAGUAAUGGGGACCAAGAUGCACAAAACUGCCAAAGUGAGAGUCACAAGACUGGUGCUAGACCCUUACUUGCUCAAGUACUACAACAAGAGGAAGACCUAUUUUGCCCAUGAUGCUUUGCAACAGUGCACUGUGGGAGACAUUGUCCUUCUCAAAGCUCUGCCGGAGGCCAGGUCCAAACAUGUGAAACAUGAACUGGCUGAGAUAGUGUAUAAAGUAGGUCGGGUGGUCGACCCACUGACAGGAAAGAGGGUUGCGGAAAGAGAGUUUCUGGAGCCGCUGACUGACCUUCCACUUGACAUGGAAGAAGAGACGACAUUAUCAGAAAAACUGCAGGAGCUCAACAUCACUGCGGCUUCCAGUGGAGCUGAUUCCACAUCAACACAAACUCCAGCUCCAUGACAAAAACUCUGUGCACUAAAGCUAGCUUCAACACGUGGUUCUGUUUAAGAUGUUUUCAUGUCUUUUUUUUUUUUGUUGAUAUUAUUUGGCAGAUGGAUAACCUGAAUACUUUUUCUUAGAUACCUCCUAAGGUAAUUUGAAGUCACGACACAUCUCCUUACAAUAAAAUAACCAUGAGAACACAUGGUAACAUUCACAGA